AUGCACAUGCCGCUUGCCACACUUCCCAAGUUUAAAGGACAAGGUCGGGCGGAGUUUUGGACCUUUAUGCAUGCCUUCCGUCGACACAUGGCAAAUGCAGCUGUGCCAGAGAAGUACAAGUACCAACUGCUCAUGGAUGCUUGUGAAGGAGAAGAGCUGCAUCAAGCUAUCAUGGGAUGCGACUAUCUAGUGCCAGACAGAGCCUACAACAAGGCAAUUAAGAUCUUGGAGGCAAGGUUUGGAGAUAAGUAUGCGUAUGCGGACCAGCUGGUGAAAAGACUCAUAGACGCUCGCCCAGUCAGGGAGUUCGACGACGAAGGGUUGCUGAAACUGGCAUCUUAG